UGUCAAACUUUAAUGAUAAUUCACACACCGCUAUUCCGCCUAGUGAUAAAUUUAUUUAUUUUGCAAAUUACAGAUGUAUUUGUUAAACAUUUGAUCUGCUAUGGACGGGGGUAGUAUAGAUUUACAGACAAAAUAUGACAAACUUGCUUCAGAAUAUUCCAAGUUGCGAGCACAGGCUACUGUACUACGACGUGCAGUACUGGAAGAACAGAGCAAAAAUAGUAAUCUAAAAGAAACAUUAAGAAGUAAAGAAAUAUCCCUUCGGAGAACUGAGCAAGAAGUAGAUAGCUUGUGCUUUAGAAAUGAGCAACUGUUGAGAAGAGUAUCAACGUUACAAGAUGAUUUAGAUAGUGAAAUAAAAAAUAAAAAACAUAAACGUCGCACUGAUUCAAAUAAACAAUCAGUAGAUAAAAGUGUAAUUGAUGAAGAUCUAGAAAAAAAAAUUGUGGAGAUUUCAGAAUUGACAUCACAAAUUUCAGAUAAAGAUUCUGAAAUUCUCUUAUUAAAUGAAAGAGUUGAAAUAUUAGAAACCCGUUUAGCAAGGCAAUUGCAAGAAAGUGCCAACACAGAAAGUAAACUACGUAAACAAUUGAUUUCACAUAGAUGUAAAAGUGGUGAUGCUGAAAUUGUGUCCGAAAGUUCUGAAGCUGCAAGUCUAGUUGGGAGUGAGGACAGUUUAUCUGUGGAUGAACAUGCAAUAAAUAGCAAUGAUGAAAAAUUAGUAAAUACCACACAUGUUAAAAGCAAUUUAAAUACUUCUAAUAAAAGUGCUGAAUCAAGUAGAAUAACAGAAUUAGAAAGAGAAGUUCAACACUGGAAAACGGAAUAUGAGCUUCAAAAGAUGAUGACCACAUCAUAUCCAAGUAAUACUUUAGUACAGCAAUCAAAUGGUAAUAGUAAUGCAAUAGAAAGAGAGUCAGAAACCAUCACAAAAACUGAAAUUCUUGGAAGAAUAAAAACACCUACUGCAGCUAAUGAAGAAGCUUGUGCCAGAGAAGCAAAACUUAGGAAUUAUUUCACAGACAGAUUAAAUUCAUUAGCUGAAUCUAAAUCAUUAGUAGCUAGUCAAGUAAAUAGUUUAACAAUAGAGAUUUCAGCUUUACGAAAUCAUUUAGAAAUUAAAGACAAUGAAAUUCAAAAUAUUUACCAUGCAUCCAAUGCUUUGGAAAAUAAGUGCAAAGAGCUGGAAGAAGAAUUGUCAACAACAAGAAUGAAUUAUGAAGAGCAAUUAAGAAUAGUUACAGAGCAUGCUGCAGAUUUGUAUGAUAAAUUAGGUCCUACAAGAUAGAACACUGGAUGUUUUAUUUGCUGCCUGUUUGAAUCUACAUAUAUAAUUAAGAAAUGUAACCAA